UUAAUAUUCUCACUACUCCAGCAAAGUGAUAUUAAGAAAAUUGAAUUGUAAUAUUUAUAAGUAUACUUAAUAUGUUUUGUGUUUUUAAAUCCAACAAUUUAUUGUAUAUAAUUUACCAGUAAGUUAUAUUAUAUGGAGUAGUAAAUGUUAAAUUGAUAUCAAUUUAACUUUCAAUUUGUGUGAACAGAUAGAGGUAAUCAUGUAUUUCACUGUCGGUUGGCCAAGAGUGCUUAGUGUGGAAUUCCCAGGGGAGAAAUCAUCUAUUAAUCACAUUUGCUGUGAUGCUGUUAAGAUAUUAGUAGCUGCAAUUGGUGAUAAUUUUAUUGGUAUUUGGUAUGCAAAUCCAUUAAUUCCAAUUUCGUUCUAUCGCCGAGAUGAUGACUCUAUUGCUCAAUUGGGGACAAAUAAAGUAAUUAUAUGGAAGCCGGAUUCACGACAAUUAGCAAUACUUACAAGUUUGGGAGUUCUUAUCUUAUAUCACAUAGAAUUUGAUGCCGAUGGAAGUGGGAUUUUAACACAAAUAGAUCCUCCAACAGCAAGUUUGCGAAGAGACUCAGCAGAACUUUUUAUAAAAGAAAAUGUACCUAAAUUGAAUAUACGUGAGCAUUGCUCUAUUAAAUUAGAAUCGGCCAUCACCACCAUAUGUUGCAUAAGUCUUUCAGAAUUACUUUUUGCAACAGAUCAGUGUGACCUUGUACGGGUUCAGUGGACGGAUUUGGACGCGGAAGUAGUAGGUGAAACUGGAGAAAAAUCUUUAGCGCUCCAUGCUUCUAUAAACUUACGCAAUAUCCCAUUUUAUGUCAAUCGAAACUGCAAUUUAAAAAGCAUUCCCCCUCUAGGGGAUAGUUCGUAUGUAGCAGCGUUGGAGUAUUCGCCAUUUGUUGGAGGAUGUGCUGCAGUUUUCAGCGAUAAUCGCGCAGCAUUUUUAAUUGCCAUGCAUUUGCGUUUUGAACCACAAAAUAUGCAUGCAUUUUGGGUCCCGGAUGUUGAAGACGCAACUGUUUGCAGCGUCAAUCACAAAUUCCGAUUAUUGGCCUAUGGCCGGAAAAAUUCCGAUGUGUCAGUAUAUGCUAUUGAAGAUACGACCGGUGGCCUGGAAUUUUCACAUAGAUUAUCUGUGAAUUCGAGUGUGAUAGCAGGUUCAUUGGGUAGUGUGUGCGAAUUAAAGUGGAGCCCGGAUGGUUGUGUGCUUAUCGUUGCUUGGGAGAAAGGUGGAAUUUCAUUAUGGAGUACAUUUGGAUCUUUACUUAUGUCAUCUUUGAAUUGGGAUUUUGGAUUACAUGUGGAUUUGCAACAUCAUAAUCCCUUGCGAGUUGGUAAGCUAGAAUGGUCCACAGAAGGAUAUCACCUUUUCAUGACAUGCGAGAAAAAAAUGGAGCACUGUGAUGAAAACGCUAAAAGUUUUUAUGAAGUUUUGCAAUUAAAUUUUGUUAAAAGUACAAUGUCAAUGAAUCCUUGUAUGGCGUCACAUUCGCAUGUUUUAUUACAAGGGGAUGACACAUUGUAUAUUAAUCAAGGAGAUAAUCUGGAAAAAAUUUAUUUUGGCUCCAAAUUUACUUUUCCCAAUAACAGCACAGAACCAACAAAAGUAGAUUGCAAUCAAGAUGAUAGCAUAGAAAUGAAGAAGUCUAUUGAUAUAUCCAGCAUUCUUUCAGAAAGCAAAUUAUGGAAUGUAAUUCAGCUGCCUUUAACAUAUGCAGCCAGUAAUUGGCCAAUCCGAUAUUCUGCAAUUAAUACUGAGGGUACUCAUUUAGCAGUUGCCGGAAGAACGGGACUAGCCCAUUACUCUAUGCUGACGAAAAAGUGGAAAUUGUUUGGCAAUGAAUCGCAAGAAAAAGAUUUUGUUGUAUCUGGUGGUUUGCUUUGGUGGAAAGGUUUUAUUGUAAUGGGAUGUUAUUCUUUGUUGGAUCGUACUGAUGAGAUUCGUUGCUAUCCCGAGGAAUGCAAACUCGAUAAUCAAUAUGGUAAUAAAAUUCAGGUUCGCGCUCCAGUUAUUUCCAUGAAUAUGUUUCGAGACCAGCUAAUUGCAUUAACAGCCGAUGGCAUCGUUAGUCUAUUCGAGUUGAAAAAAUUCGAUGCUUAUUCCUUAAGCGUCCAUUGUGCCUAUGAAGUUGAUGUGAAAAGCAUUUGCAUACACCCUGCUUGCAUUGUAUCUUUGACUAUUACAAAUCUGCGAAAUGAUUUAACUAUGAAGACAUCGGCUGUUUCAAGCGAUGCAGCGGAGACUAUUAUUGUGAAUGUAUGUGGGCGAAUAUUAAUGAUUCAACGUGACUCGCGCAAUAGUGUCAUUAAUUCGUUAAUGGCUUCGUGCCUGGCAUCGUGUGUAGAAUGUUUUUGGCUUUCUAAUGCAUUGGAAAAAAGUCCUAUGCAAGACUGUUUGUGGUUGUUCUCUGGAGCACAUGGAAUGAGGGUAUGGCUUCCUAUUUUACCACCUCUAAAUGAGAAAAUACAUGAGCCGCCCCAGCGAUUACAUACGUUCAUGUCAAAGCGAAUAAUGUUAUCAUUUCCCCUAAAGUUGUAUCCAUUGGUGAUUUUGUUUGACAAUGUCAUUGUAUUAGGUGUAGAAAAUGAAACCACAUUGUUCACUAAUGAGGCGAGCUCUCAUUUCUCAUUGCCCUUCAGUUUGUUGGAAAGAAAAUCACAAGUUUAUUUGCAUAAAAUACUCCGUCAGCUGAUUAAAAGAAAUCUUGGAUAUAGUGCUUGGGAAAUAGCAAAAUCAUGUCGGUCGUUGCCUUAUUUUCCUCAUUCUUUGGAGUUAUUACUUCAUGAAGUGCUCGAAGAAGAAGCUCUGACUAAAGAUCCUAUUCCAGAUGCAUUGCUGCCAAGCAUUCUUGAUUUUAUUCGAGAAUUUCCCGUAUACCUCCAAACAAUAGUACAAUGUGCACGAAAAACAGAAAUAGCGCUGUGGCCAUAUUUAUUUUCUAUGGCUGGAAAACCGAAAGAUCUAUUUCAACAAUGUUUGCAAUCGGAGGAAUUGGAAACAGCGGCAAGUUUUUUAAUUAUACUUCAAAAUUUGGAACCUUCUAUUAUUAGCAAGCAGUAUGCCACCCUGUUGCUGGACAUCGCCAUACAAAAUCACAAAUGGGAACUUGCGAAAGAUUUAAUACGCUUUCUUAAAGCCAUCGACCCUAAUGAAAUAGAUUCUCCUCGUUCUUCAAUGGUUGUAAAUAUGAAGAUUGCGCCUCCCUCGCAAUCUCAAUCUCAAGUUAAUCAAAAUGCCGAAGUUUUCAAUAUGAUUUUGGGGCCAAUAGCACGGGAACGCAGUUUUUCGACAACCGUUACUUCAAAUUUACCUAAAGAGAAAAAAGAUAAACAAACGUCAUUAACGAAUCCAUCAAGUUCAAAUGGGACGUCUUUAACAGCAAUUCCAAAUGAGACGACAACGUCAUCGGUUCCAAAUACUGGUACCUCGACAGUAGUUCGACGAAAAAUUGAGAGAAGUAAUUCAACAAAGGAUCGUAAAGAAAUAUUUUGCAUUGAAACUAUUCUCCAAAGUCAUGCUCGUAAACUAUUGCAAAAACAUAAGCUGAUUGAGUUAGGUUACAUGAGUGCCUUCCUCGAUUUUCAUUUAGUAUCAUGGCUUUCACAAGAAUCAGAUCGGUCCGCACGUCUUGAUGACUACGUGGAAACACUCAACUGUUUGCAUGAAGAACUAAAAUUGCCACCUGCCCUUUUGCAUCCAACAACAGAAGAAUCUGAGUUGUCGUUAACUACGGAUUAUAAACAAAUCAAAAAGCAAUUUGACGAUAAUCAACAUUCCUUUUUGUUGCAUCCAUCCAGUCAAACUUCUGAGUCGGGUUAUUUCAGCUUGGCUCUAAUGGAUACACCAACAAGUAUGAACAAUGGAAACGUAAUACCAAGCAAUAUAACGGCUAUUAAGGAGAAUGAAGAACUGAGAUAUAUGAAUACUCAGAUAACUGACUAUAUUAAAUCACGUUCAAAUUCCCAAGCCUCUUUCGAUAAUUGCCGUUACCGUCCAUCUAUUAUUACGCACGACGCGAUACCAAGCGUGUAUUCGUUACAUUUUGAUAAUGCGAUUAUAAGCGAGAAUAGUUUGACAAUAAUGCCGGAAAAACUGAGUAUAAAAAUCCGUUAUUUGCUUCAAUUGUUUAUUGAAGCGAAUUGUACAGACUACGCAUUAGUUUUGUCCAUUUUGCUCCAAGAUGCCGCCUCUAUUGGUAGAAUCAUCAAUGUCAUGAUUCGUUCGGAAUCGCUUUUAACUUGCCAACGAAUAGAUGGAGCGCUUAAACGCUUAACCCAGUGGUCCUUCGAUAGAGAAUGCCUCUACCGCCCAUUUAUGAUAUCGCUUCAACCUCAUAUAUAUCACCUAGAUCAGUAUAUUAGCUCGGUUACCAGCAAAUUUCCUAUGCACCACAACAUUGAAGAAGGAGACUUAUCUCUAGGAGUUCUACCAGAUAAUACACUGGAAAACUCUAAUAAUAUUGCUCAAUCAAAUCAUAUCACAAAUAUUAAUCCAAAAUGGGGAUUAGACAACCUUCCUUCUGAAAAUUCCUCUAACGAUUUAACUGACACAUCAAAUAACGUUAAUAAUAAUUUGAGAGGGUCGUCGAAAGGUCAAACGAGUCGCAGUGAAGCAGGUGCAUGCCGAAUGAUGUAAUUAAAUAAACUAUUCCAAAAUAUUGUCAAUUACAUACAGAUGAUUUGUACAUAUAUUCAUACGAUUUUAAAGUACAUGUAAUUUGCUCGCAUAUGUUUAAAGUCUACAUUCAAAGCAAUCUUAGGAUAAUUUAACACAAAGAAAAAACUAAAUAAAUGGUAGUUGUUAAAGGUUAGAUCAUUUUUAUUAAGAAAAUCUUAAUUGAAUAUAGUUUUUAAUGCAAAUUUUUAAGUAAUAUAAUAAAUAAAAUAUCUGUUUAUACUCCAAUAAAAUACUA